AUGCUGCCUAAUCCUGUAGAAAAAAUUGUGUCAGUGAGCAGCGAACAUCCGGAUCACAAAGUCUUCUCCCUAAUCACGGGCUUCGGGAGUUGGACAACGGAGAACGUCGGCGAAGAGAAAGCCGAAAUCGAAUUGAAACUCACAGAUCUCGCUCAGAUCUCAAGAAUAGAAAUCGCAAACGAAUCGUCGGCUUGGGUCGACAUCAGAGUGUCUCGAGAAGGAAUACCAGAUGUUCCACUGUUGCCAACACUCUGUCUCCAGACGCGCAAAGAAAGUAAAGAAUGUGAGAAUUGUCGAGCAAAACGAGUCUUAGAAACGGGAGUCUUCAACGAAGACGUGCGUUCCGACAAGUUCGACUACGUCAAGGUGAUCUGCCGUCAGCCGUUCAACAGAAACAUUAGAUAUGGAUUGUCCCAGUUGAAAUUCUAUACGCAACCAAGUGAAUCGAAGACGAAGAAUCCGCAGCGGUCCAAUUCGCUGGCGGAUUCCGAAGAAGUCGUUUUAAACAUUGUCGGAGAUAAAACCGAGGAGGACAGCGGAAAACUCAUCGGAUCCUUAAUCAAAACCGCGUCUUUCCGGCACGUCGACAGAGCCAAGCGGAUUGUGAACACUUCGGUGGCAGAUGAAGAUGCCGAAGAGUCAACAGAUGAGUUGCGUCCUAAAGCAACGCCGAGUAUUAUUCGGAACUCGUUCAAUCCCUCGGCUUCCAAGACGAGUACACCCAUCGUACCGAAAAACUCAUUCGUUUUCGCUCCCGCGGCUAGCGCAGCCGAUCAGGAGACUCGAGCGAAAAAAGCGGCAGCAGAGGCAGAUCAGGUGAUUCCGGGCCGGUCGCCGAAAAAAUCAAAGCUCUCCUACAAGGCAGCCACAGCGAUUUACACACCGGCGAACGAGUCUUCCGGCGAGCGGAAACAGCAGCCGGACGAAGGGCAUUCGGGCGAAUCUAAUUUGAGUUUCCUGAAGAAAACUCUCGCAAGUUGGAAAGGCGCCGACAGGAGCAAUCAAACUCCCAAAUCGCGUCCGAGGUCUCCCGAAGCGAGAUCUUCGGAUACAAGGUCGCCGAAGGCGUACAUAAUCUCGCCUGAGCUCAAGAGACGUCGCUUGGAAGAUGAUGACCAAGAGAGAAGGCGAGUGCCGCCGCCCACUCGGAUUCAGAGGAUAGACGCCAUGCUCACCAAAUCCCCGUCGGGAAGACCUGGCGCACCAAGGAAGAACCGUUCCGUCGUCCACGCUCCUCGGAAUCGCGGCGUGAUAUCGCCUUUCGUUGUGAAAGUCAAUACGAAGCCCAAACAGCAGAAGAUAACAAAUCUGAUGGAGCGAAUAUUUUCGUCUUCCGAGAGCGACGGGGAAGCGUCUACACCCACGCAGGGCUCGAGAGAUAUCCAAAGAGGGGAUACCUCUCAUGGAGCAGUCGCAGAAGAGCCGUCGUGUUGCAUCGAGGACGACAGUACGGUCAAUCAUAUCAAAAGCGAAGAGGACGAGAGAAUCGCGGAAAUCAUCGAAUCCGAUGAAGAAGUUGUUGUCAAGACUGAAAGCAGUUUCAAUGAGAAAAAUUCGCAUGUCGACCUCUGUGGUGAAGAUGUCGUUGAGACGAUGGGUCGCGAGCAACCGUCAGCGAAGAAGAAAAGAAACCGGAAUCCGCCAAUCAAUUGCGAAGUCGAAAGCGAUUCAGAUCUCGAGGUGGUCGGGAACGAUCUGAUGAAGGGAGUGGUGUUCACCCUGAGUGGUUUCAAAAACCCAUAUAGGUCGUCUUUGAGAAGCAUGGCAAUAUCGAUGGGAGCACGCUAUCGACCCGAUUGGGAUGACUCCUGCACACAUCUCAUCUGUGCUUUCAAGAACACACCGAAGUACCUCGAAGUGUCGCGGAAGAACGGAAAAAUCGUCACAGCGGCGUGGAUAGCGACGUCGCACUUGAAGCAGAAGUUAUCCGACUGGAGGAAGUGA